AUGGCAUUCACAGCUUCGGAUGAACUAGACGACGGCCUUGCAUACACCUUUGACACACACUCGGACACGGAGGCUGCGGAUCUGGCUCCUCUUGAGGACGAGGAGGAGGAGAUUGUCAAAACCAAGAAGCGAGUUCUGCCCGAGUCCAACGGAGACAAGCCCCAGAAGAAGAAGAAGAAGACCAAGAACGAGUCCGCGGUCGAGAAGAAGAAGGAGAAGGCCGAAAACUACAGCCAGGCCAAGGUCGAACUUGCCCUCAAAGAUUCCGCCAUGAUUGCGGACUUCAUUGCCGCCAAGGUGCGAGCCAAGAACCCCGAUCUUUCCAACAUUGAGAUCAACGAGCUGACCAUCAGCGAGAAGCAAAUCAAGGAGACGGCCUCAUGGCGAACUCCUCGAGUCGAUGACAAGCUGGCCCGAUUUCUGGAGAAGAAUGCAUGUGACAAGUGGACCAUUGUGCUGUCCAUCUCCGCCAUUCGGGUGUGUGACGUGCACCGAAACCUCAAGCCUCUCAAGGCCGGCAGCAUCAAGUUCAUCAAGAAGAACACUAUCAAAAAUGACACUAUUGCCGUCGAGAAGACCCAGGCAUCUGUGGGUGUUGCUACCCCUGGCCGUCUGUUGAGAUUGCUGGACAGCAAGGUGCUGACUCCCAAGGAUAUCAAGGCCAUUGUUGUGGAGAGCACCUAUUUGGACUCCAAGAAGAACUCCGUUUGGGAUCUGGAAGAGACCAUUCCUGCUAUCAAGCGAGUUCUGGACGAAUCUGACGCCAAAGUUAUGUUGUACUAG